CUACUCAGCUUUGCAUCUCUCUACCAUGCCGGUCCGCUCACUCCCUCCCCCGACAAAAAGACGCAAGACCGCUGUGGGAUCCACUUCGUUCAAGUCUAUAGAAGCUCAGCUAUCACUUGCCGUCGCAGAAAAUGGCACUCUUAACCCACUUGCGGACCUUCUCAUGCUGGCUUAUGGCUCGUCAGACGCGAGGGAAAUGUCCAAAGCUGUCUAUAGCAUUUAUCGCGUAUUUGUCUUGAUAAUAUCUCGUGGCAUGCUAGUCCACGGUGGUGAUGAUGCUGCGAAGCUUGUCCGCAAGUGGAUUUGGGAGAAGUUGGAUUCGUACGUCGAGCUGCUUGUGGGCUUACUGCAAGAUGAAGAGCCUGCGCUGAGGAAAUCAUCGCUGGAGAUCAUUUUUUCGCUUUUGAAGCAUCUCUCGACCUCACAAACGAAGUCUUCCCCGACCGCACAACCACAAUUUCACCUUGCACACUUCAAACACAUAGUACACGGGCUUCUGCUGUGCCCCCCGUCUCCUCGGUCAAAUGGAGGCAGUAAGUAUAAUUCCAAGACGAUGUUGGACGUGAGGGAGAACUUCGUGGAUGUAUGGUUCAGCGUCUACGAUGAUAUACGAUGGUGUUUUUUGCGAGAAGCAACAACUGUGCUCUCCAAAUAUUCAUCUAAGGAGUACCCUCAACUGCUCGACAAUCUACUCUCCAUUAUGGAAAAGCUGUCAACUUUUCCAACGGAUUCGUCGGAGCUCAACUCGUGGUGGGUGGAAGAGCUCAGUGUAAAACCCCCAAAACAUAAAAGCGCCAAGGGAGGUGCUGAAGAGGACGACGACGCAGAGUCAAUGGAUGAAAACGACGAGGAUGACUGGCGCAAAUUCUUCGAUGAGGAUUCCAAUGCGAAAGAUACGAAAAAAAACGGUGUCAAGGCCCGGACUCACACCCUGACAUUCCACCAGUCUCUUUACUCCCUUCAAGCUCAUCGAGCUGUAUUCACGCGAACAUGGCUAAACUUUCUGCCCCAUCUAUUAUCUGUCUCCACAUCCUCCAAUCGAGCACUGACAACAAGAGCACUGAAUAUUAUGCACCGUGGCGUCUUGCCACAUCUCACUAGACCUGUGCUUGUCAUGGAUUGGAUCAGUGCAUGCGUGGACCUUGGAGACACCGUUGGACUUCUGGCACUCAAUGCCUUGUUCACCCUCAUGCGAGAUUAUAAUCUAGAUUACCCUUCAUUUUUCACCCGAUUAUAUGCAUUUCUCCAUCGUGAUGUUCUACACUUGAAACAUCGUGCUCGGUUUUUCCGUUUAACCGAGUUGUUUUUGAGCUCUACGCAUUUGCCUGCAACUUUAUUGGCAUCGUUCGUCAAGAGGUUGUCCAGGUUAUCGUUGAAUGCUCCUCCAGCAGCUAUCAUCAUGGUCGUUCCUUUCACGUACAACAUUCUCAAGCGACAUCCGGCCCUCAUGGUAAUGAUACACAAGACCGAAGACAAUCCUGGCACCGACACAGACCCAUUCAUCGCCGACGAGCCAAAUCCCAACUCUACCAACGCACUUGAUUCUUCAUUGUGGGAGCUUCACUCUCAUAUUCAUCACUAUGACUCCGCAGUGUCAACUAUGGCCCGCAUUUUUGCAGAGGCUUUUACCAAGCCCGGUUAUUCAAUGGAGGAUUUCCUCGAUCACACGUAUGGAACGCUAAUUGAAACCGAGGUUAAACGUAAAAUUAAAAAGGAACCUGCGUUGGUUAUGGAGCUGAGGAAAGAUCUAUUUCCAACGGCAGAUGCAGGGAAAAUGGAUGAUGGUGUUAGAGAUGUGGUUAGCGACCUAUGGGUCUUUGGGUAAACAAAUAUACUGCGGAAUAGCCAAUACUCUAGCUUGGAAAUGAGAUUGAGUGUUAGCAUUUACAACGGCCCCAACACAUUUUUCAA